GGGAGGAGGAAAUAAAAAGCUUGAAAAGGCAUUGAAAGCCGGAGUGGAGAAGCAGGAAACGAGUGAUACUAGUAACAGAAACUAUGCCCCUGUAAGUCCUGAAUAGGCUCUAAAUGCUGUGAAGGCAAUUUUCCAGAGGUUUCAGCAGCUUUUGAUUCUUUGAGCUCUUACUGUUACUGAAAGCAUUUCUGGUAUGUACCAAAAUGGAGAAACAGAAAUAGUCUUCAACAGCAGGGUAAGGAAAGGGACUGGUGUGCAUGUAGCCAGUGCGGGAUGCUUAUGGAUUUUGGAGUUCUGUCUGUGUGUGAAAUUUCUUUAAUUUCACUUGAGUUUGCAUAGGCAGUCUGAGGAGGUUUUAAUAAAUGAUCUAGUCUAUUAAAUCUAAUAUGGGGGAGAAACAGGAAGCAAGCUACGGCUGAGGAUUCAAGCUAUAACCUAAGUUUUCUCUCGUGGUCGGUAUUUAAUGUAUUGUGUUUGCACAUCCCCUUGCAUUGCUUGCCCUGAAGAGUAGGGUGCAGUACCUUAGUUGUGCAUUAAAUCAACUCCACCUUUCAGAUUGUUGGAGGAAGCAGAAACUCUUUGCAAAUGUGCCUAGUUCAUCAUUGUACCUUUUCCUUCCUGCCUCUUUUAACUGUUCCCAGUUUUCCAGUCCACAUGGCUGUGUAUUGAUCGUGCAGUAUCAGCUCGUGGCACUUGAAUCCCUACAAACCCUAUCUGUCCUCUUCAUUUGCAGCUUUACUUAAUUACGAUUCAUUAAAACUAGCAUCUGUGUAGUGCAUUUUUUUGGUAGGAUUUUAACUAAAUCAGCUUGAAACUUAAAUGGUUCUGUUGUCUGCCCCCCUCCCCCCCGCCAAUCGAAGAGCUUAUUUCUAAUUGAAAUGAAAGAUUUAAUACUGUCCUUAAAACGAUCAUAGCUGUUGCUGUGUGAAGAACUUCUAGGUAACUGUGGUCUUUCUCAGGUGGUGAAUUUGCUGAUGGGCAUCUUGCUGACUGUGGAAGUGACUCAUCCGAACAUAGUGCCAACUGUUGAUAUCCAGUAUGAAGUCAUCGGGAACUACUAUGCUUCCGAGAGAAUGGCUGAAAAUGCCUGCGUUCUAUUUGCCAUCUCCCUCCUCAUGUUCACAAUCAGUGCAAUGAUGGUGUACGGUGCAAUUGCUCAUCGUGUAGGCUGGCUGAUCCCGUUCUUCUGUUACCAGCUCUUUGACUUUGUGCUUAGUUGUCUGGUUGCAAUCAGUUCUCUAACUUACUUGCCCAGAAUCAAGGAUUACCUGGAUCAGUUGCCGGAUUUCCCUUACAAAGAUGACCUUCUUUCACUGGAUUCCAGCUGUCUCUUGUUUAUUGUUCUGGUAUUCUUUGCUUUAUUUAUCAUUCUAAAGGCGUAUCUAAUCAACUGUGUAUGGAACUGUUAUAAAUACAUCAGCAACAGAAAUUUGCCGGAGAUAGCUGUGUACCCUGCAUUUGAAGCUCCUCCACAGUAUGUUCUGCCAACCUAUGAAAUGGCAGUGAAGAUGCCUGAGAAGGAACCUCCACCUCCCUACAUACCUGCCUGAAGCAACUUUUAUGUUAAUUAACAUCUGUACCAGCUUCUUGGGGGUUUUGUCUUUUAAUCUUGCAAAACUGCUUAAGUAAUAGAAAUAUUCAGGGCUUUAGGAGCAAACUGUUCUGUUUAAAAUGUUUGAUAUAAACUUACUAAGCAAAACAUCUGGGAGUGAUUUUGUUUGCUUUAAUUUUUGUUCUCCUUAAUGCUCUUAAACAUUUUAUUGCCUGAGGGCUUUAUACUGCAUAAACUUAUUUGUGUGACUAACUUGUGGCUUUUAAUAUCAACUGAGCCAAUAUAUGAUUAAAGUUAGCUACAAAUAUAAGUGUCUGCAGGAUCGUGCCCUUAAUUUAUAUUAAUUUUUUUUGUAAAGUAGUUCAUAAAGACAAUCUGAUUGUGCAGCAAAAUGAUAGUUUGCCUUUAUCCAGUUUUUGGAGGGGGAGGGGUUUGAAUGUGGUAUAUACAUGAAUUUUUUUACUUUGCACUUUUCUCAUAUGUUAUCUUACCUUCCUGUGUUGUUUUUUUGUUUAUCCCAUGUCCUGAAACAUAGUAUUUUCAGGAAGAAGCGAGGUUGGCACAGGAGUUGUAUUACAAUGUGCUGUGAGUGCAAGAAAAAUAAAUAGAAAUGUAGAUGAUGGUUGCAUGCUUCUAAUCUUAUAUGUAUUUUCUUCUUUGUGAUAAAUGAUACUUAAAUAAAUCUUUUACGAAAUGUUUACCAGUA